AACAGGGGCGCAAGGGAAAGCAGAAUCCGAAGGGCGCGUGGGCUUGAACAAUCCCAAUCCAGCCAGGCAUUGCUGCACCGCUCGUAAAACUCGAGGCCAAUCCACCGGUUUCUAUUCGAUUCUCUUCCCUUCUUGAUUCUCUCUCUUCUCGCUUCGGUUGCCGGCCGUUUUGGACUUCCAUUCCAAUUUCGGAAAAGCCCUGAAAGGAAUUGAACAAACUCAGCCAAAAUCUGAGCCCGACGAGAUUCGGUUUUAUUUUCCUUCCCAGCAGAAGCAAAAGUUCGUCGGCGAUUUUCUCCGAUCUCCGGUCAUGGCGCGGACGGUGCUGGCCCCGUCGGCGGUGGCGGCGCACUCCCUCAGCAACGCCACAAAUUGGUGGGAUCAAGUCAACCAGUCCACGGUUUGGCAGGACCGAAUCUUUCACGUCCUCGCCGCCCUCUACGGUUUAGUUGCCGCCGUUGCUCUGGUGCAAUUGGUUCGGAUACAAUUGAGAGUACCAGAGUACGGUUGGACCACUCAGAAGGUCUUCCAUUUUCUAAAUUUCUUGGUGAAUGGGGUUCGAUCGUUGGUUUUUGUUUUCCGCCGAGAUAUUCAAAAGUUGCAACCAGAGACACUCCAACAUAUCUUGCUUGAUGUGCCAAGCCUUGCGUUCUUCACAACAUAUGCACUCCUGGUUUUGUUCUGGGCAGAAAUAUACUACCAGGCACGUGCUGUAUCUACUGAUGGGCUCAGGCCAAGUUUCUAUACAAUUAAUGCUGUGGUUUAUACUGUUCAGAUUAUUUUGUGGGUGGUUAUGUGGUGGAAGCCAAUCCGACCCUUGAUCAUUUUGGCCAAGAUGUUCUUUGCAGGCGUAUCUUUGUUUGCAGCGCUAGGUUUUCUUCUUUAUGGGGGAAGGCUUUUCUUAAUGUUGCAGAGAUUCCCUGUAGAAUCUAAAGGGCGACGUAACAAGCUGCAGGAGGUUGGCUAUGUGACAACUAUAUGUUUUUCAUGUUUCCUCGUCAGGUGCAUUAUGAUGUGCUUUAAUGCAUUUGAUAAAGCUGCAGACCUGGAUGUUUUGGAUCAUCCUGUUCUAAACUUCAUAUAUUACUUGUUGGUGGAGAUACUACCUUCUUCUCUUGUCCUUUUCAUUCUGAGGAAGUUGCCUCCUAAGCGUGGUAUCACACAGUAUCACCCAAUUCGCUGACAGAUCUGAGGAUAUACAUGUGGCAGAAACCUCUAGACUCAAAAUAGCAGAUGAGUUGCUCUUUUGAGCUUUAACUCCCUUUCAGAAAUGUUUGGAAACAGCAAAGGGGAAGAUGCCUCCUGUGCAUGGGGCGUAUCUAAUUUAAGGGAGAUUCUUGGAUUUCUGUUUGUUCUCACUAGUAGGUUGUAGAUUUGUCAAAAUGAUAACCUCCAAUGAUUGCCAAAAAUGUUGUUCUGACUUAGCAUACACUGAUUUCAUCGUGUUGGCUUUGGAUCUUAAAAUCAGUGGUUUGUUUUGGCAAACUCUGUCGUGAUACUCGGUUGCCUAUCUGUCAAAUGGAAUGAAAAUGGAGAAAGAAUCCUCUACAACAUAAUUAGCAAGAAUCCUGUACAACAUAUUUAGCUUCAA